AUGCCAGUUCAAUAUGUCACGCAGUAUGCCAUUUCCAACUUCUUUAUGGGCUCGUUGGGACUGGCAGUAGGCUCCACUGGUCCGCCCGGGGCUUUCAGGCCAAACUUCAUUGAGAACAUGUACGGAGGUGCGCACAAGAUUGCGAGUCGCUCAUUUGGAUACACGGCUGGCGCCUACUACCGUGAGUACAUCAUGCAGAUUAAACACGUGUUUACUACUGCCAUCCACAGAGCCCGAACGCUGACAAGUACAGGUAACAACAACAACGGAUACCUCGCAAGCUUGGUAUUCGGUGGUUACGAUAGAACACGGCUGUCUGAGCAAGGUGGCGUCUCAAUUAGUAUGCCCAGCAAGCAGAACAACACACUUGCUGUGGGCGUCAAUUCCAUCACCUACAAGCCUGACCAGGAACUCGAAGCCAACCGAUUUUCAUUCACCAAUAAAACAGGAGGCUUCCCUGCUACGAUCGACUCCACGUUUCCAUACCUUAUACUGCCGGACGAAGUAUGCGAUGAAUUUGUCACCGCUUUCGGUCUGACAUUCGACAGAGAUACCCAGUUAUACACUGUCAAUGAGACAUCGCACGAGCAAAACCUACGACUUGACGCGAGUGUUACCUUCAAGAUUAGCGCCAAUCCUGACGUCGAAAGCACAAAAUUUACAUCCAUCGUCCUACCAUACUCGGCUCUGGAUCAACAAGCUAGUUGGCCGUUCUAUUCCAGUCAGACACGAUACCUUCCUAUAAGACGCACAGAGAAUGGAAAGUUCGUGCUAGGGCGCACAUUCCUGCAAGAGGCGUAUAUCGUUGUCGAUUAUGAACACCAAAACUUCACCGUUGCUCCAGCCGCAUUCCCUGAUCCAAUGCCAAAUCCGAGUUUAGUCACAAUCUUCGACAGAGACUUUACGGGGCUACCCGUCCCAGACGAUCCUGGCUCUGGAGGUGGUCUCUCGGCUGGUGCGAUUGCCGGGAUUGUUGUCGGUAUCGUCGGCGCUUUCAUUAUAGUCGCCAUAGGCGUCUUCUUCUUGUGGCGAAAACGCCGGCAGGCGAAGAAGCGAAAGGCGGAGGAAGAAGCGGAGAAGCCUUCUGAAAUCGAUACAACCUAUGCAGGCACUGAGAUCAAAUAUCGCCGUAUUUCAGAGCUCACUGGUUCUGAAACUCUCCAGUCACCGAAAGAUUCUACAACUGGCUACUACAACGCUGACCACAAGUCUAUUCCUCCUAUCAGCGAAUUGUCACCCGAAAGCACUCCUGCCGAGCUUUAUAGCCCUCCCCCCGAAGGCCGUGAAACUGUCGACUAUUUCGCCGCUGGUAGAACGCGACGUCAAGGUGGGCCCAGCGAUCGCGGCUCGUCCGGCAACAACACACCGCGCACGCCAAUUGCAGAACUCCCCGGUGAAGAUGCGAUAAGCUCCUUGCCCAAAAAGAACGAAGACCCGAAACCGUUCCAGAAACCUCCGCACAGUCGAAGUCCGAGCGACAAUUCACUUUCCACAAACAUCGAUGAAGUAUUGGCGAAUAAGAACGCAUCAGAAGCGGAGCCUAGUACUGAUGUGGCCAAAUCAGAAGCAGAGCCUGGUGCGCCAGCUACUGCGGAAGAGAUUGCUAGAGCGAAGGCAGGAGCACAAUCUGGAAACACUGAACAUGCGGAGGAAUCUACAAUGCAUCGACGGCCGUCACACACUAGGGGAUUGAGCGACACCACUAUCCAAAGCGACAGCACAGCGGUCUCACAGCCAACACCUGAAGAGCUAGAACGCUGGCGGAGAAGUGAAGACGACCCGAACAGGCCGAUGUCACCAGCUUGA